AUGCUUUCUACAAUUUGUUGUUUUACGGUAAUUUUGUUCUUCGCCGCCAUCGCAAGCAACGUUUCAGCCGCCUUCUACGCAAGAAAGAUCUUCGACGUCCGACGCUACGGUGCUCGUGGUGAUGGCAAAACAGAUAACGCUAUUGCGUUUACAAAGGCGUGGAAAGAAGCGUGUGAAUGGAAAGGAAACCCUAGAGUGUACGUAUACGUUCCAUUUGGAACAUUCUACCUCGGUGGCGUAACCUUCGCGGGACCAUGUAAAAGUCGGAUUAGUUUCAUCAUCAAAGGAACUUUGUUAGCUCCUAAAGAAGCUAAUGUCAUCAAACAAGACACGUGGAUCAUCUUCAGGUACGUUGACAAUCUCGCGGUCUCAGGUGGAGGCAUUCUUGACGGACAAGGAAGCUACUCUUGGCGACAUAAUGAUUGCCGCAGAAACCCUAAAUGUCGGCCUCUACCUAUGAACAUUGGGUUCCAAUUCGUGAGAUUCUCGAGAAUCUCACGCAUUAAAUCACUCAACAGCAAAAUGGGUCACUUCAACUUCUUCGCGGUUUCACACUUGAACAUCACGCAAGUCAGAAUUAGGGCUCCCGGAAACAGCCCUAACACCGAUGGGAUCAAGAUAGGUUUAUCGAACCACAUCAAGAUCCACAAUGUAGACAUUGGAACCGGAGACGACUGCAUAGCGAUCUUGUCGGGAACCACCGAUUUGGAUAUCUCCGGAGUUAAUUGUGGACCAGGUCAUGGAAUCAGCGUUGGAAGUUUGGGGAAGUAUACAAAUGAGAAGAGCGUUCGAGGAUUAACGGUUAGGGAUUCGAUCUUUAACGGUACGAGUAAUGGAGUACGGAUCAAGACAUGGGCUUCUUCGACUUCACGGAACUUAGUAUCGAAUUUUCUUUACACGAAUCUUCAGAUGAUUAAUGUCGGAAACCCAAUCAACAUAGAUCAACACUACUGUCCAAUCUCACCUUGCAGCGACAAGUCUUUUUCACAGAUUCAGAUACGAGACGUGAAGUUUCAUAACAUUUGGGGAACAUCGACGAACAAAGUGGCUGUGAAAUUGCAAUGUAGCAAGAUUGCUCCUUGCAAAAACGUUGAGCUCGUCGACGUUAUCUUGGUCCACCGUGGAUACGACGGUCCAGCCACCGCUUUGUGUGAGAAUGUUGGUGGUCAGACACGUGGCAAGAUAUUUCCACCGUCUUGCCUUUAA